AUGGACACUUUGAAUUCAAUCGAGAAUUUGCCGUCUGAAAUCUCCGAACCUGAUGCUGGGGGUGGCGGAAUGAAUUUCCGUUUCAACGCACGAAAUAUCGCUGUCGACUGGCGCCAAGUCAGUCUGAUCGACAUUGAUAGAAUCGCAAGAGAAAUGGACAUUCCAGCUCUUCAACAGCAUAUUGAACUCGUAACUUUUGCAAAGCUUGAUUCACUCUACGAUAUUGAUCCUCUGUUCGUCAAGCUUUUUCAAAUUGCGCAGUACACUCUCGAGUAUCUUCUUCAUUCUCAGGACUUCUUGAAAAACAGUAUUCGUGAAGAACAGAAGAAGAACGAGAAGGAGAAAAAGAAACAUCUGGCGACAUUGAAGGAAAUCGCUACUCUGAAAGAUCAAAUUAGCGCUUUGAAGAAGACGAAUAAGCAGCGUCGUCAAAUGAUCGCUGACCAACAGAGAAUGAUGCAAGUCGGUUCUCAUUCUUUCUACAAGUGUCCUGUCUGUCCGAACCGCUCGUUUAUGAAUUCAACUUACUUACAAGGACAUCUCGUCCGGCGCCAUCCCGAGCACGUUCACUACAUUGGAGAUGCGGUUGCACAUACAAAGCUUGUUACCCAACAACUUGAGAGUAAAUUGUUCACGAUGGAAGAGAGGAUGGAGCAAGAAAAGCAAAUUAACUUGAAGCUUCAAGAAGAGAAUAAGCGACUGCAAGAGCGACAAAAAGAAGAGCUUAUCGAAAACCAAGAUCAAAUUCGACAGGAAGAGCGACGAAGAUACGAGCAGAAGCUGCAAACACUCGAAGAGUCCUUUUCCGGUCAUAUUUCGCAGUUCAAGGCGAAUGAGGGUAUCUACCAGUCAAAGAUUGCUGAGCUUGAGAGCAAGAAUAAGUUUAAUGAAAGACGAAGCGACACAAUUGGAAGCAUGGUUGUGGACCUUCAAAAUGCAAAAGAGCAGAUGACCGCUAGCUAUAACCAGAAGUUCCAAUCGCUUGAAGACACUAUGUCGAGGCAAGUGCAGCAGGCCGUCCAGGUGAUAUCACCGCCGAAGCCAGUAAAAUCUGAGCCGAGACAGCCCGUUCGCGAAGUCCAAAGUAAUUCCGUUCCUGACGGGCCCCCUGUUGAUACCACAAUGAUUGAUAGGGAAGCGGAGUUCAAGAAGCUCCUCGAACACUACCGCCCUCAGGUUGAGACAAUGUUCCGGGGUGAGAUGGAACGACUUGGAGUACAGCGUGGGGAUACUCUUCUUACAGAAUCGACGUUCAAGAGAAAACUUGAAGAAAUUCAUGAUUUACGAAGCCGAAAACAGACAAGCCGCCCCGACUUCUAUAGCUUGCGUUCACAGAUCGAAAACGAUCUCAAAUCCCGCGCUGAUAGAGCCGAGAGCAAAAGUGAAGUGUCCAUCUUCGAGCAACGGAAUAAUCAAUCGAACACUAGUCAGCUGAGCUAUCAGGCUUCAAUCGCCUCUUCUUCUAAAUCUCCAACAAGAGCAUCCAAAUCUACGCGUGCUCCCCUUCCACCGCAAACGCAUUCACAAUCGAGUGUCUCCUCGAGAUCGAACGCUCCCAACUCGCCAAUAAAACCUUUGCCUCGCUCACCGAAAUCGAAGCCUGCACCUCCACCUCCUAGUCAAGAACAAACAUUUCAGCGCCCUCAGUGGAGCGAUGAGAGCCCAUCAAGUCCUGGCAAGCCGGGAAUGACUUCCACUAUGCGACAGACAAACGCUCCUGAUUCCAACAACUCUCCGGUGAAAUCAUCUGUAGAAUCAUCCGCUUGGGAUAAAACGGAAUCAGAACAACCGCAAGCUGCGAAAGGGAUGCGACCUUACGUCGAUGUCGUUAAAUCUAGCGAUGUUUUUACUUCAAACGACGGCAACGAUCAUCACGAUGUAGCCACAAUUUCAGAAAAGACGGAACCGAGCACUGACUGGGAUGAUGAAGAGUCCUUCGGUGGAAAUAUUCAGUCACGAGCACAAAAAAUCGAGAAUAAACUGAGCAGCCGCUCUAGCCCUCCAGCAGGAGGUGUUGACGUCACUGGCGCCGAACGUACUCAAAUGAUUCUCGAGGAGCUCGAUAGCGACGAUGACGACGAUAUCUCAACUGAAAAUUGA